CAUCAACCUGUACAUGAUCCGGACGCGCAAUACUUGAGGAGCAUUAAGGUAAGUGCACCAACCUUUGACGGUAAGCUCGAUCCACAAGCUUUCUUGGACUGGCUGAAGAACAUGGAUCGCUACUUUGAUUGGUACGCCCUAACGGAACCCCGAAAGGUCAAAUUCGCAGCUAUGAAACUCACCGGACCCGCCUGCCAGUAUUGGUCCAACCUCGAAACGCUAAGGCAUAUUAGAGGUGAGUUACCAAUUACAACUUGGCGAGAAAUGGCAGAUGAACUGAAACGAAAAUACCUCCCGCCAUCGUUUUAUCAUAGACUGUUAGACAAGUGGCAUCGUCUCACUCAAGGAACCAAGUCUGCGAAAGAAUAUGUUGCGCAAUUCGACGAAUUGUUUACUCGAUGCAGCACCAUUGAGCAAGAGGCACCAAUGAAGGUCCUGUCAAAGUUUAGAGCUGGAUUGAGAAAUGACCUCCAAGCUGAACUCUUUGCUAGAGGAAUAGACACCCUUGAGAAGGCUUACGCAUUAGUUCAAGAUUUAGAUGAAGCCAAAUCCCAUAGGAAUCAGGACUUUAGAACUUAUUCCUCUCAGUCUUCCCGUGCCACCACCUCUAGUCAGCCUCCGAGUCGAUCUAACCCUAGUUCUUCCCAGCCUAAAGUCGACCCCAAAGGCAAGGAGCCGGAGAGAGAUUUCUCGAAGAUCGGCCCUCACGUCAAGUGCUAUAAAUGCCAAGGGUAUGGACACGUUGUUGCGAACUGUCCGACCCGUCACAAGGUUGCUAUAAUCGAUGGACAAUACGAAUUUGAACCUGAGCUUGAUAGCGACGAGUUUAUCCAUCAAGUUGACGAUGAUACCGAUGAUUUCGAGGAUGAGGCAGAUGAUACUGUCUUAGGUUGUCUUAGGCAAAUCGAAACUCCUACUGUAUCAGUCGUCAGAUGCGCCACCUCUCAAUCCAAGGUUGUUGAUGAUUGGAGACGUACCUCCAUUUUCCAUACGUUCACAAAGAUUGGUGAUAAAAAUUGUAAAGUGAUCGUGGACAGUGGAAGCUGCAUUAACGCGGUCUCCUCAGCAGUAAUCGCUAAGCUUGGUCUUAAAGUUGUACCCCAUCCUAAUCCAUAUAAAGUAUCAUGGAUUAACGACACCGCACUCAAUGUCCAAGAGAGAUGUUUAGUCUCUCUCCAAUUUUCCAUUUAUAAGGACAAAGUUUGGUGUGAUGUUUUGAAAAUGGAUGUGGGUCAAGUUAUUCUUGGGCGACCCUGGCUAUUUGAUAACGACGUUCAUAUCUUCGGGCGAUCCAAUAUGCUAUUAUUCGAGCAUGACGGGAAGAAGGUCAAGAUCCUUCCGGUUCAACCGAAAGGUAAUGACAAGAAGCCCGAUCCAAACAAGUUUUCCCAAGGCGUUAAUCUAAUUGGAGCUAAAGAGAUUGAUCGUGAACUGUCCAAUGGAGCUCCCAUUUUCGCCCUCGCUGCUAGAGAAGCUCCUAAGGAUAUUGCUAAUACAGCUCCCCCAGAAAUCACUCCUGUGUUGGAAGAAUUCUCUGACGUCUUCCCUGAGGACCUCCCGGACCAGUUACCCCCGAUGCGUGAUAUUCAACACGCAAUUGAUUUAGUCCCGGGAGCAACCCUUCCUAAUUUGCCUCACUAUCGAAUGAACCCCAAUGAGCAUGCAGAGUUAAAGAGGCAAGUUGAUGAGCUGCUGAAGAAAGGCUUUGUGAAAGAAAGCAUGAGCCCUUGUGCGGUUCCCGCAUUAUUAACGCCCAAGAAGGAUGGUACAUGGCGUAUGUGUGUGGAUAGCCGUGCAAUCAACAAGAUCACGGUGAAAUAUCGUUUCCCCAUUCCCCGGUUGGAUGACAUGCUUGACUUAAUGUCUGGAGCCACCAUCUUCUCUAAGAUUGAUCUUAAGAGUGGCUACCAUCAGAUUCGCAUCCGUCCUGGUGACGAAUGGAAGACCGCUUUCAAGACGAAAGACGGAUUGUAUGAGUGGAUGGUCAUGUCCUUUGGCUUGACUAACGCUCCGAGCACUUUUAUGAGAGUGGACUCAAGUACUCCGCCCCUUCACAGGAAAAUUCUUGGUGGUGUACUUUGA